AUGGUAGGUAUCAUUUAUUUAGUUUACAGCCCAAAAACAGCAUGAUACUAAAGAGUUAUUUAAUGUUUUUAUAGACGAUGUAGUAUCAAAAUUUAAAGAGCACCAAGAUAAAUUUGCAAAUUUUAUCUCUCAAAAAUUUUAUUGUAAAGAAGGCCAUCAUCCUGCAGAGAAAAAGGAAAGUCAGCUAUUUUUAAUCAUCCCUAAAAAUUAUCUUGCGGAAAUUGAUACUUAUGUAAAAAGGAAUCAAAAUUUUAAUAAUGAAAAUCAGAUUUGGUGUGAAACUUGCGUGAAGAUGACAGAUAUGCAAUUAAAAGUUGAGAGCGUGGAGUAUCCUUUGAAUCUGACUAUUUAUGUUCCUGGAAAUGGAUCGAUUGGAAAGCUGGAUCAUCAAAUUAAACUGAAUAAUGACAAUUAUAGAUUAUAUGCAGUUAUUUGUCAUGCAGGAAGUAUACAUACAGUCAUUAAUUGCAUCAAAAUAAUAUUUUUUAUAUAAUAAAAAUUAAAAAAUAUAUAAAUUGAGUAAUUGAUUUAAUACUGUAUAAUUUAUUUGGUCACUAUUGAGCACAUUUACUUAAAGAUGGCAAAUGGAUUGGAUGUAAUGACAACAUUGUUCGUGAAAGCCCACCCAAUUUAUCAAACUGCUAUAUGCUCUUUUAUUCUAAGAAUUAA